UAAAUAUUGUUACGACAAAUGUCACUCUCAUGCACUUUCUGAUAUUGAAGUACAAGAUAAGAUUGUACCACUGCAAGAGGACAAAAAGAGAAGACUUCUGAAUAGUUUCCUCUUAGAAAAGAGCGGUAAAAGAGGUAAUUUUAUGAUGUAAUCUUUUCUUCAAAUAUCAUUAUUCUAGUUUUACUUUACAUUGUUAAUGCUAUUAUAUGUAUGUUUUUGUUGUAAAUUAGUUUGAUACUACUAUUUACUCUCAAAAUAAUGGAAUUAAAAUGAAGAACUGUAGCAUCCUUCCCCAAUUUGAUCAUCCCUACCUGUAUCUACUGUAGACUAUAAUUGCCAUCUCCCCAUCUCCAAGCUGGUGAAACAUGAUAGAAACUUUUCCUAAUAAUAAAUAGUGGAAAUUGCAUUGUAGAUUUAUCAUAUGAAGCAUUUUCCAAUAUAUAUUCUUACAGGUAUUAAAGAACGGAAGGAACACAAACAUGGAGGAAGAUGAUUACUAUGCAUUUCUUAGCAACAAUACUUUUGAUGAAAGCUAUUCAUAUGAAACCUUUUUGAGAUUCAAGCGAAUUUUUCUUGUCUGCAUGUAUUUAUUUGCUUGCAUCUUUGGAGUGACAGGAAAUUCUUUGGUUAUCAUUAUUCUAGUUUUUUACAAAAAAGUGAAAAUGCUUACAGACAUAUUUUUAGUGAGCCUGGCUAUUGCUGAUUUUAGCUUCCUUUGCACACUGCCUUUUUGGGCUUAUUCUGCUGCAGAAGAGUGGAUCUUUUACACUCUCCCAUGUAAAAUCAUCCUUGGUUUUUACACCCUGAAUCUGUAUGGUUCCAUGUUAACACUCACUUCUAUUACUAUUGACAGAUAUUUUGUAAUUGUGCAAGCGACCAAAACUCGUAUCAGUCAACACAAAAGAAAAUUCUGGGGUAUUGUGGUCUGUAUUUUGAUUUGGAUAAUCUCUCUGCUGCUUGCUUUGCCACAGUUCAUCUUCAGUACAGAGGAAAAAUUAGACAAAAAGAUAUGUUUUGCAAAUUAUUCUUCAAAGUUUAUGGAGUUGUUCACAGAAACAAUUCAGAUGACACUUGGAUUCUUCUGUCCUAUGCUCAUCAUGAUUACAUGCUACUCAAUCAUUGUAAAAACUUUACUCAGUGCUAAGGGCUUCCACAAGCACAAAUCCUUACAAAUAAUAUUCGCUAUUAUUGUUACUUUCAUUUUGACACAAAUGCCCUACAAUCUUUUGAAACUGAUACGGGCCUCAGACCGUAAUAUCAUGCUCAGCUACAGGUUUCAAUAUGCUUUGAUCAUCACAGAAGCAAUUGCUUAUUUCCAUGGUUGCCUCAACCCACUUCUCUAUGUCUUUAUCGGUGUGAAGUUUAGAAAGAACUUAGCAAAAGUUCUAAAAAAUAAUUGUUGUGUUAAACAUCAAGUUACAAGACAAUGGCAAACAAAUGAUGAAAAUGUCUCCAAAAGUGAUACUGCCACAAAUAAUGCAGAAGAAACCAGCAUGGUCCCCUUAUAAGAGACCUGGGACAUACACUCAUGAAUAUCUUCAGGCUGAUUUCAGUCCUAGUUGCCCUGAGCACUCAUGAAAACAAAUAGUAUAUAUGGCACAUUUCUCAAUAUACCUAUUGUCAGAUCCCUAUCGUGAUACUGCCAUUCAAGUGGGGAAGGGACCCUGAAUUCUUUUACUCACUUAUUGCUCUCAUACUGUUUUCUGUAUGUCCUGUAAUUCCCUAGUUUAUAACUUUUACCAUGUCACCUAUUCUGCCCUGGGCUUUGAUUUACCUUGGAGGAUGUAUAAGGGGGAGGACCAUCUGUUUUCUCUGUUUGGAAGCCUCAGAGAAGCACAUGGAAACGACUCAUCUCUUUCUCAGGAUGACCCGUUUCUACAACAUCUUCACACCUGUGGAUUGGCUCAUUCAACAUCAAAUUGAGAGGAGGGGUUUCUAACCAUUUUAUCCUAACGGAAUUGCCUGGGGGAAACUCAGACCCUGCUUUGCAUUGUCUUGCAUUCACUUCCUU